AAGUCAUACACAAACGCAUACCUAUCUGUUAACUGAAGCUGUCGUCUUGCUGUAUCCUCCUUUCCCUUACCCUCUCUCAAACAUAAAGACACCUACGCUCUUUCAUAUCUGUCUAUCCCUCAAUUUUAAAAUAUUGUUUUUGGGUGAAGAAGUUGUUCUCGUUCUCGUCAUAUAUAGGAUUAUAGGUUGUUCUGGUUGGUUACAACAAGCUAUAGAUCUGAUUGAUUGAUAUGGAUCAUCACAAGGAUGAGAAAAAUGCUCCAUGGAUGUCAGUUCCUCAAUUUGGUGACUGGGAUCAAAAAGGGCCACUUCCAGAUUACUCUUUGGAUUUCUCAAAGAUAAGAGAGAUGAGGAAACAGAACAAGAGAGAUCUAUCGCGAGCUAGCAUUGGUAACGAAGACGAACUCAUCUCCUCCAACACUAUCACUAGUACUGCUAAGCUCAAUACAACCAACAACAGUGCUCCUCCUCAUCCACAUACUUUUCAUGGGGACGACUCCGAUUCUCCAACGGUUAGGAGAAGCAUCUUAAGCUACUUCAACUGUUGUGUGAAAGCAUGAAGUUACCUGGUGAGAACAAAAAGAACCCUUCUAUUUGCUUUUGUAAGCACAUGGCUCGCCGUUAUAUAUUGUUUGUUCAUUUGUAAAUCUUGUAUUUCUUUAAGAUUCGAUCAAUGUAACUUGAUAAUGCAGUGUUAGUUUGUAUAUCGUUCACUCGUACUUUUGUUCUUUAUUCUAUUGGAUGGUCUGUCGUAUCUUUAUGCAGUUCAAACUUUUUUA